UAGUAAAUGGCAAUACUUCCAUUGUAUUUGCACACCCGGAAGCCCUGUUGAAAUCUAAAGGAAGGGAACUGAUGGGAAGUAAAGUGUUUCAAGAGAACGUUGUUGGUUGUGUAAUAGAUGAGGCUCAUUGUGUCGAGUUAUGGGGGAAAGAGUUUAGAAAAGAUUUUGGUGAACUGUCUAUUUUAAAAGCAUUUUUCCCUAAUGUUCCAACCCUGGCUUUAACAGCUACAGCCCCACCUCAUUUAUUAAAUGAUUUAAAACACAAACUCCAAUUGAAAAAAGACUGCAAGAUUGUUACAGUAAACCCAAACAGAGAGAACAUAUAUCUUGGAAAGAAAGUACGUUCAAGUGAUCACAAAAAGUUUGAAAGUUAUAAUGAAAUUCUGGGACCUGUUGCAAAGGAACUAUUGAUUAAAAAAGAAAACUACCCAAUGACAAUUAUCUAUAUGAAACUGAAAUACUGUGCACAUGCCUACCGAUUGUUUGAAAGAAUUCUGCAAGAUGAACAGUAUGUUAAUGGAUGUGAAGAACCUAUGGCAAGACUUUUUGCCCAGUUUCAUUCUCCCCAAACAAGUCGAAUGAAAAGGGAAUUAAUUGAAGAAAUAAAGAAAAAGGACUCAACGGUCAGGGUACUGUUUGCAACAUCAGCACUUGGUAUGGGUGUUGAUGCCCCAUAUGUUGCUCAAGUGAUUCACAUAUCCCCUCCAAGUACUUUAGAAAGUUACAUGCAAGAGAUUGGUCGUGCUGGUCGUACUGGUAUUCAGUCAUAUGCAACAUUAUAUUACAACAAUUCUGACAUUGGAAGUCAUAAAAAGCAUAUUCAAGAAUCAAUGAAGAGCUACUGCAAGUCAAGAGAAGUCUGCUUAAGAAAGCAGCUUCUAGAAUAUUUUGGAUUUACUACACCACGGCAAGAAAAUUGUUGCUCUGUAUGUAAUGAGGAGUAUACAAAUACUGUUGUCAGCUUAGAAGUUUCUAAAGUGAGGCGUCUACAAGGUGAUGGUACUGUUUUGGUGAGCCUGAUCAAUAGUGUCUUGUCCAACUAUCAGUCUGAAGAAAAAUCAGAGUGUUUGUUAAUUCCUUCAAUGUUAAUUGAUGAAUACCUAGCUGAAAGGGUUGUGAUGCAAAUUGAGUACAUUGAAUUGGAAUCAGACCUCCUUAACAAUUUUGGCAUAUGGGAUGAAGUAUGUUCUUCCAAGAUAUUCUCUAUCAUAAAUGAGCACACUUGUUUAAUCAAGUGAUGUCACUAUAAGGGAGUCACGGGUUGUAUGCUUUACAGACUUCGCAUGGAUAUGUAGAGAGGCAUCAAACUGCUCUACAAGAAGAUGUAUACCAGA